AUGUCAACACACGACUUCAGAGCUGAUUGGAUCACUGGCAAAGACAAUGCUCCUUCGUCCGAUAAUCCCAAGAAGACAAAGUCUUCGGGCGGAACGUGGGCCACGCUCGGAGUCUCCCAGCCACUCGCCCGCGCCCUCAAUCUUCGGGGUUUCAAGAACCCCACCCCGAUCCAGCGGGCCGCUCUUCCUCCAGCCAUGGCCAACCCUUCCAAAGAUGUUCUCGGGAUGGCACGCACUGGCUCGGGGAAAACGCUGGCUUACUUGAUUCCCCUCAUCCAGUCGCUUGGAGGAGCUCGCAAGGAAUCCUCAGGCAUUCGAUCCUUAAUCCUGUGUCCCAGCCGUGAACUUGCCGUCCAAGUCCUCAAAGUCGGCAAAGACUUGUCGAGAAGCUUGGCCGGGGCCAACAAAGGCGCCCAACCAUUGAAAUGGAGCAUCAUCAUGGGCGGCGAGUCGCUUGAUGCCCAGUUUGAGGCAAUGUCUGCGAACCCUGAUAUCGUCAUCGCUACUCCUGGUCGCUUGCUCCAUCUGGCUGUUGAGAUGGACCUCGACCUGCGGCAAGUGCAGGUGGUGGUUUACGAUGAAGCUGAUCACUUGUUCGAGAUGGGGUUCGAGGUGCAACUGCGCGAGAUUCUGCAUCGCCUGCCGACGACGCGACACAACUUGCUGUUCUCGGCGACACUUCCAACGACGCUCGCAGAGUUCGCCAAAGCCGGCUUGAACAAUCCGGCAUUCAUCCGGCUGGACACUGAGCAUCGGAUUAGCCCCGACCUCGAACUUGCUUUCCUUUCGGUCAAGCCGGACGAGAAAGAGGCGGCACUCCUCGUACUCUUGCGCGAAGUCAUCCACAUCCCCGUCGCCAGUACUGCCACGGACGACAGCCCUCGCGCCAUCAUCUUUGCGUCUACAAAACAUCAUGUUGAGUAUAUCUCGACUCUACUCAAAGCGGCGAACUACCGGACUUCCUACAUCUAUGGUUCCCUGGACCAAGUUGCUCGCCAGCAGCAACUUCGCCACUUCCGCGACGGGAAGUCGGAGGUACUCGUUGUCACCGACGUCGCAGCCCGAGGGCUUGACAUCCCCGCGAUGGGCCACGUCAUCAAUUUCGACUUCCCGUCGGGAGUGAGGGUCUUUGUGCAUCGGGUUGGCCGCACGGCGCGUGCUGGACAAAAGGGUCACGCCUGGAGCUUGGUCACCCGCGAUGACCUGCCAUACUUACAUGACCUAGAAACCUUCCUGGAGCGUCCCAUCGUCUCCGACGCAGGCGCUUUCGGUACAGUUCCUCGAGACAGCCUCGAGGCAACUUUGGAGUACAUCCUCCACAACUUGGAGACGUCUGAAUCCCAACUUGAAUCAUUGCGGAGCGUCAUGAAGCGUGGUCAGGCAAUGUUCGAACGAUCCCGGAACAAGGCGAGUCGUGAGGGUUAUCGCGCUCUCAAAGCUGGCAAGGAGAGUCGGAAUACGACCCGUACACAUUCGGCUUUCCUAUCCCUCGAAGAAGAGAACGGGGGGGAAGAAAAGAGGGCGACACUCCUCGCCGCGAUCCAAUCUUACAACCCUCACGAGACGAUCUUCGAGGUGGGAGCGCGUGGUGGCCAACAAGCAACGGCAGUGGUGAUGAAGCAGCGCCGACAGGCGUUGGCUCGGAGUCGGGCGCGCAGGCAACAACCUCUCGCCUCUGAAGGGGGAGUUGAUCUGGGGUUUGAUCCAGCCGACACUGAUGGCGACAUUCACGUUACGAAACCCACCAAGUCUUACCGUGAUCCCAACUUCUUCUUGCCCCAUGAGAAUGUUGAGACAAACCGAUCCAAAGGCUACUCCCUCUCCGAAGGGACCUCAUUCGCGGAGCAGGCCCGGUCUGCGACGAUGGAUCUGAAUGCCGACGAUGCAGACCCGCAACGUGCUCAAAAAGCGAGCCAGCUCAAGUGGGACAAGAAGCGGAAGCGGUUCGUCAAGGACACCCCUGGCGAGGACAACAAGAAGAUGAUCAGGGGCGAGAGUGGCGCACUGCUUCCCGCCACAUUCAAGAGCGGCCGCUUCGCUGAAUGGAAGAAGACUGCACACCGACUCUCAGGCCAGCGCACUGGGCCGCAGUCUCAAAACUCGGCUGGCCUCGCGAACGCUGAAACCAUUCUCAAGGGCCGGCGUGAGAAGGAGAAGCGCCAGCAGAAGAAUGGUCGCAUUUCCAAAAAGCGUCGGUUGUAG